GUAGGCAAAUCGGUCGUACCAAGCCGCGUUGUCUUACGUAAUUUUAAGUGAUAAGAAAAGAAACAUGUAAAACUGAGCAAAUAUAAUUUAGAUUAGUGAAAUGAAAUGAGAAAAUUUUAACUUUUAUUUGUGAUGUGUACCUAAGUGACAUAAGUUCAUAGAGUCGUCCAUUCUUACUUCAUAUAUUGUUAUAAAAAAAAGAAAAUUGAAAUGGACUUUGUCAUUGGAGGACUGGCAGGCGCCAGCGCAACGAUUUUCACAAAUCCAAUGGACGUUGUAAAGACUCGCCUUCAGCUACAGGGCGAACUGCGCGCACGCACUGAACACUCCGCUAAAUACAGAGGAAUAUUUCAUGCGUUAUAUGUUAUCGCUAAGAAUGAUGGACCGAUAGCCUUACAGAAAGGCUUAGUUCCAGCAAUGCUUUUAGGUUUCUGUAUGAAUUCUGUAAGAUUAGGAAUGUAUCACGUAGCUGAAGUUCAAGGUUGGACUAAGACGAAAGAGGGUGAUAUAAGCAUACACAAGGCAAUGUUCUGGUCAAGUGUGAGCGGUGUGAUGAGCGGCAUCGCUGCCAACCCUGCCUCAGUGGUAAAGACUAGGAUGCAGGCAGCUGCACAUCCCAGCAUAGCGGUGGGCAGACAGUAUGUUUACAGUGGUAUGAUUGACGGUUUCGUAAAGAUCUACAGAGUAGAAGGAAUAAAAGGUUUCUUUGCUGGUGUGAACGCAACAUGUGCAAGAUUGGCGAUUGGCAGUGCAGCUCAACUGACGACAUUCUCUACUGCAAAAGAAACAUUGCUAUCUUACGGUUUCUGUGAGCGAUCUCCACUUGGACUCGCUUUCUCCGCAAGCUGUAUGAGCGGCAUCAUGGUAGCUCUUGCCAUAUGCCCCAUUGAUGUCGUCGCAGUACGACUUUACAAUCAGGGUCCUGCGUCAAAAGGUGGACUACUUUACAGUGGAGUUUUUGACUGCCUCCGAAAAAUAUACAAAAAAGAAGGUCUUCACGGUCUAUACAAGGGAAUUGGCCCGCUAUAUUUAAGAAUAGCACCUCAUACAACUUUGUCCUUAGUAAUUUGGGACAUGCUGAAUAUUUUAUUUACUAAUAAAAACAGAUAAUACA